GAAAAUUAAAAGCUGGCUGUUAAUCUUACUAUCUAUAAUUUGUGGUGUAAUUGCAUUGUUCAAAACUGUAUUGUGUGAAUUGUGUUGAUGUUUGUGUACGUAAUGUUUAUACCAAGAUUUCAAUUUAACUGUAUUUAUAUAUGAUAGUUGACAAGAUUUCACUAGGUGAAUAAUUUUAUUUCAAUAUUUUAUGCUGCCAUGUUUGCUAACGCCCAUAACAUAAUUAAAAGUUCAGUUGGCCACUUACGAACAAAUAAAUACGUAAUAAAAUACGUUAUCAUCCCGUCCAUGAUUGCAAAAGUUGCGUGGUUUUUCGGACUGUAAAGAUACUGAAAGAGGAGCUACAUCUGCGACUACUGUACAACGCAUAGGGUAAAAAACAGAGAAGAGAAUUUAUUCCUACGGUGUAAGGAAGAGAUUGAUUUUUCUUUAAGCAAACCUCUCGUGUAUGACAUAUCCCAUUCAAAUUAGCAAUGCUAAAACUUACAUGCAUAACUGAAACAUUAGUUUUCGCAUCUGAAAUAUAGUACUCCCAUUAAAUUUUCCACGUCAGGUUUGAAUUGCUGCAAUAAUGCUCUUAGGUAAUGUAGCACACAGUAAUAAUUUAUUCGAAAAUUCGUAUUCAGGGUAUUUGUUGCUGUAAGAUUACAGUUGAUAAAACUAUGCCAUAAAAUUCACAUCUACGCUUCAGCAGCCAACUUGCACGCUUCUUUCUCAAUACACACAAGAACACUUUGAAACUUACUAAACUAAAAUAACAAAUUUGACGGUUGAUUGUCUGUUGCAAGGUGGGGUGUCGUUUGCUCAGUUCUAUAGGCCUACGUAGUCGGCGCGGACAAUUCAUGUACCAACGCGAAGAACGAAAAUAUUGGUAUAUUUUACCUACAUAAAUGUGUAGAUAAGAAUAGUUUCAUUCUGUUUUAAAUUUAAUAAAAAUUUUAAUAAUAAAAAGUGAAAAUUACAUAGUAAGUGAAACUAAAAUUAUUUUCUCGAAUAAUUUAUAGUUCACGUGGCAGUGGUAGAAAUUUGUUGAAGACAAUCUUUGUUUUGUUCAUCUUCCAUCACAUAGAUACCACGGCCCGAUCGUUACAUGUGCUGUUAAAUACACUACUACAGUGUCAUUAUGCUAAAUUGGAAGUUGACGUUCAGCCGUAAGGUAACACAAUCGAAGACUUUAACAGUCGACUUUUACGUUCCUGUGACUUAUACUUACUUAUACAAUAUACAAUACUAGCGCUACUACCGCAAAGUUAAAUAGCUAGACUAUUGACAAUCGAUUAUGAAAUCAUUGAAAAGUAUAAAUAUUUCUAUAUCAACCUGGAAAUUAUUUUAUGUACUAUUUCCCCAAAUAGGGUUACGAUUCAUAAGAAAUCCUUUGUUUGUAAAAAAGAGCCUGCCAAAUGGUCACUUACAUGCGCCGAUGAUUAUGUUUUGCUAUCUUUAUUUCUGAGAAUGGAUGGAAACUUCAAUCAAGCGUGCCAUGCUUCCGUCCACAUUUGCUCCGAUUAGUUUUCAACAAACAACAUCUUAACUUGGAGACAUUUCAGUUUUUCAAAAACGUGAACAAACCUACAUGACUUAAGUUUCGCCAGCGCCAUUGUGUGUCGCUUCCUUAAGAAACAACGCGUUGAAAGUUAUCGUAAAGUCAAAAUUACACGCUAAUUUUUUUUGUGUAAUCACCUAUAUGCGGUAAAACAAAAAUGCAUAUACCCAUUGUAUCAAAUGCUGCCAGACGUAUGAUACACAGCAAAUGAUAGUAAUAUCCAAAAAUAAGAAUAAAAAACUCAGGGUUGUGCGAAGUGUUCUGAUUGGAAUGUUCUUAACACGCAAUAAUUGAGUAGAAUGUUAUAUAUAGUCCAUGUAUGUUGCUUAAAGAAUUUGUACUUAAAUAAAAUUAUAAAUGCCUGCUCAAUCUUACACUUACAACUACCUGGUGAUUUAAACAUGCAUUCCGUGUUUUAAGACAAGAACAUGGAGUUAUGAAACCUCAUUAUUUUUCUAACAGGCUUUAUUCCAUGUCAUUUUACACACACAUGCGUAGUGAUUCUGGUUACGUUAUAUGGAUAAUUUCGCAAACAUCUAGCGAGAAAACAUUUCUUGUAGGCCUAAUGGUAAUUUCACGAAAACAGUUUACAGUGUACCCGGGCUUUAUCAAUUAAAAUUUCAUAAAAACAUUUUAACAAACUCAAAAAUUGAUUUGUUUCAUAGGAACCGCACGUGGGAAUACCCGGUCAUUUUCAUGUUCACAAUGCAACAAGAGAUGUAUUCAUUUACACCCUUAAUGUUUUUCCUUGCUUAGCAAAAGCAGUAUCCUAACGCCCCGGGAAAUUUCCCAAAACUAGUGGGUAUUCCCGAAAAAUUUGGAAAUCCCUUGGCGUCGAGGGGUUUGGCGAACAAUAGCCAGCUUACUUCUCUGACGUCACGGGCGGCGGUCUAUAUAAACGCUGUACCUCGGACAUACCCCUUAUUUUAUCCUGCAAGAACCCUUUGAUGAAGACAUGGCAACAAGAUCGAGGCAACGUGAGAAGAUAAAACCAAAUGAUUGGUGUUUGGUACGAUUUAAGGAAGAUCAAGUUUUUUUCGCCUGUUCCACCAUACGAACCAAAGUUCGUAAAGAAGAUGGUUUUGUAGCACGGUGGAAUGUUGAUGGACAGUGGUACCCAGCUGUCCUAAUGGAAUAUGGAGAUAAGAAGACAAUGGUAGAGAGACAAGAGCACUUUCAACGAGUGGGGUGUGAAACGAACAACUCUUCAAAUAUUGAUACGGCACAUUUCUAGGAAGCACAUAGAAAUUCAGUUACAAAAGAGAGUUCUCCGAGAAGUUCAGAGACUUGCGGAAAGAAAAGUGAAAAUGGCAAACACGAAAACAGCGAUGUUUUAGAAAAUAGUGUUUCAUCAUGCACAGCUGCGUCGAAGCCCAUUCAGGAUAACAAUACUAAAGAUCAUGUAAUUUUUGAAAAUAAAACUAUAAGCACUCAUGAGUCAGAAGGUUUAUCCGCCUCUCAGUCACAUGCAGAACCAGUCCAAUCAAAUAACGACACAGGGCCAGCAAACUGUAAUGCAACUAACGGUUCUUUCAAUAUUCCCACAAAUGCCAUUGUUUUUAAUAUUUUAGAACCAGACAUUGUAAGUAAUUGUGAGAAUGUAAACGAACCCAUAACUGCAGACAUAAUUUCAGUAAACGGAGGUUCCAUUCACCCUACAUUAAAUGUUCAGGUCAAUGACGUAAUUCGAAGCACGUAAAAUAUAAACAGUGAUGUGUAUGAAUUUACUGAAGCAAUUGAAAAUGUUCAAAUAGAAAAAGAAUCUCAAAUCGAUGAACCUCACACAUCAGGCACACAACAAGAUGAACUGACUGGUAGUGAAAGUGAUGGGCUCGAAUGUAGUUCUGACGAUUAUCAUCCAGACAAAGAAUCUACCUCUACAGAAGACAUGUCCUGUAAUGAUGAAAUAAUUGAAGAUGAACCAUGCUUGAAAGGCAAAGAACACAAUGUUCAAAAAGGAAGAGUAAAAACAAAUGAUGAUGUUUGGGAUUCAAAACAUACCGAUCAACUUGAAUCUAACGAUACACCUUGUGGCAAUGGUAGUGUGGUGGAACGAUCAUUAGCUGAGGACACAGUGAAAAAUGUAUCUACAGAACAAGUUGAAUAUUCAACUGAACAAAGUUACAGUACUUCAGCUGGUGUUGCAACAUUGUCUUUGUUGUCUACCACAGCAAAGAGAGUUUGGGACAAAAAAUUUUUUUGUACAUUUUGCAAGACCUGGCAGGCAAAAUUACCCAGACAUCUGGAAAGGAAACAUGCUAAUGAAAUGGAAGUGGCACAAUUUUUGUGUCUACCUAAAUGUAGUGUUCAAAGGAAAGAAAAAAUGGCUGCUAUAAGUAAUCGGGGGUUGUUCCAACACAAUGUUCAGGUUUUCAAGACAGGGUCUGGAGUACUUGUACCAAAAAGGCGGCCGAAUAAACCAACCGAAGUGACUAAGUAUUUGCCAUGCGAAGUUUGCGGAGCAUUUUAUGUAAAGAAAUACUUAGUACGACACCAGGCAAAGUGUAGAAAAAAGAUCAAUGCUAAAAAGAGAAGUGUAAGGGAUCGUACUGCACAAGCAAGAAGUUCUCUGCUUAUUCCAACCAAUAAAGAAACAAGUUCUAGGUUUAAGGAACAUAUCUUGAGUAGAAUGACACAUGACGAUGUUUUCCAGGAAAUAUCUUCUGACAAUUUAAUUCAAUCCUUCGGGGAAUAUCUUUUCGAAAAAUUGUGUCAUAUGGAGAGACAUCAUAGAAUGGUGGCGGAUAGAUGUAGGGAAUUGGGUAGAUUUAUGAAAAAGGUGAAAGAAAUUGAUCCAAGUGUCAAGAAUAUUACUGAGCUUAUAAUGCCUGGAAAAUAUCAGCUUAUAAAGAAAGCCGUUCAAUUUCUUGCUGGUUUUGAUUUUGAAACAAACACAUUUGCAAUCCCAACCCUUGCACUUAAACUGGGGCAUUCUCUCAAGAAGUGUGCGUGCAUAUUGAAAGGGACUUUUAUGGAAGAUGAUGUUCUGAGACAACGUAUAGGCGAAGUAAACAAUUUUUUGGAGUUAAUAGAAUUGAAGUGGACCACUGAAAUAGCAACAAAAGCCCACCGAACUUUGGAAGAAAGAAAAUGGAAUGCACCACGAAGAUUGCCCCUGGCCAAGGAUAUAGUGGUGUUGAAUAAAUUUCUCCUGGAAGAGGAUGCACGCUUGAGUAGUCAACUAGUGAAACAAACUACCGCAAAUACAUUUGAACAGCUAACAGAGGUUUCGCUUUGCCGAACACUUGUGCUGAAUCGCCGACGUGUUGGUGAAGUUCAGUACAUGUUGGUUAAGGACUACAAACAAAUUUCUCGUUUAGAUCCUGAGUCUGAUACUUUCAAAACACUAACCGAAUCAGAAAAAGCCCUAACACAGAAGCUGAAGCGAAUUGAAAUUAGAGGGAAAAAAGGAAGGAAGGUUCCAGUUAUUCUCACCAAAGACAUGCAGUCGUCAAUAAAUUUACUGUUAUCUUCAAGAGAGGCGUGCGGUGUCAGUAAAAACAACAAAUAUUUAUUUCCUUCCUUAAGACACGAGUCUGGCCAUUAUCGAGCACAUGUUGUGUUGAGGAAAAUGGCAAUAGCAAGUGGUGCCCAAAAUCCAACAACAUUGACCUCGACGAAACUGCGGAAACAUGUCGCCACGAUGACUCAAUUAUUAAAUUUGAGAACUCAUGAGCUGGAUGCUGUAGCUGCAUUUAUGGGCCAUGACAUCCGUGUCCACCGGCAGUACUAUCGUCUGCAAGAUGACGCUUUAGAUCUAGCAAAGGUAAGCAAACUGCUCAUUAAUUUGGAUAAAGGUAAACUUUCUUCGAUGAAAGAUAAGAACCUGGACGACAUGACAGUGGCAAGUGACGAAAGUUUGUCAGAAGAUGACGAUGUUGACAUGUUAGACAAGGGUGAAGUGCUUGAAAAUGAAAACUUUCCACGAAACGAACCACCCAUUAUUCCCAGUACAUCAGUCGAUGACGAUACAGCCACUAUUCCCAGUGCUUUUGUGGAUGUGUGUUCGCCACAAGUUCCUAAGAAAACUGUGUCCUUGAGCAAGUUUAACGUGGAUAAUAAGAGAGCAGGAAUGAAAAAACCAACACGUUCGAUCAAACCUCGCCCGUGGUCAACAGAGGAAUUGAAAUGUGUUCGGGAAUAUUUCAAAGGAUUCAUUCACCUCAAAACAAUUCCAAGAAAAGAUGAUGUUAUGAAAUUCUUAUCUUGUCAUGGAAGCCAACUAAACAAAAGGUCUUGGCCUGAUGUAAAAUGGUGCGUACGAAAUUCAUUCAACAAGACAAAGUAGAUCAUUGUCUAAAGUGUGCUAAAUUAAAAGGAAUGGUAUUUAAGUUUUGUUUAAUGUUUAAAGUUACUUUCUGAGUAUUUUUACAAGCAUGACAUUUAUGCAAAAAUUUAAGUUUCCUCAUGGAUGCAAUUAAAAUUUGAAUGCUGUUUUAGUCUGCAUACUGCUGCAAGUUAAUUUGUAUUAGUAAUUUUUUGUGUUCUUUUUCUCAAUUAGCAUGCAUAUAAAUUAGAAUAUGAUUUUACAAGACGAUAAAUAGACCUAUUGGGAAUUAUGCAUCUGCCUCAUUUUGAAAUUUUCAUGACAAAUUAAGGCUUGCAAUUAUUAUACAAUGUUUUAUAAAUUCAAUUUAAAAGGUUAUUAGUUAAAUAAAUAUGGUCUGAUAUCGAUGUAUGUUGAAAAUAAAAUGUCCAAAUAAAAUUGUGUGUGUUUUAUGAUUAUGUAUAAUUGACGAUGGGGCAUAGGUUAAUUAAUAAUAAAAUCAAGUUUUUUUAUUUAGAUACAGUUACAAUUUAGCAGUUUCUGUUCUAUUUAGAUUUGUAUAAAAUAACUAAACUUCAUUGCAAUGUUUUUAAAAUUGUAAACAUGAAAUACAUGUAUCGAUCUUUGAAAACUAAUAUGUAGACUACAUUUAUUGCAGUGAAUAUUUAGAGUGUGAAAUUAUUAGGGCUACAACUUAUAAAAAAGACAAAAUUUCUAUUUUUCUAUAAAUUUCACGAAUAAUAGGUAAAAACUAGCUCAUUUUCAAUUCAAAUUAAAAAAAAAUGGCUUGACAAGUAAAAUACAGAGUAAUGCAUCGAUAUGAAACAAAUUGUAACUUAAUUGAAGUAUAACUUGCUUAUCAUGUAAAUUGUUAUUUUUAUAUAGUUGUACUUUUUGAUACACAAAUUUCUUGAAAAUGUUCUUGUGUUUAAUAAACUAAGUAUGUUAAUAUCAUUACCCGUGAUACUUUUUGUUCUAGAAUGUUAAUUAAUAUAAUGUUGUAGGCUACUGAAUAUUUUGUGAAAUUUAAAAUGAAACAAUGUCUCAGCUUAUUUACAAUCAUCUAUGUUCACAUGUGCUUUUAGUUAGUACUUGCUGAUGAAAUUGAGUUGUGUAUUAUAUGUAUGCAAAUUUACUUAAGUUGUAACAAAAUAAAAUACGUACACAAUA